AUGCCGCCCGGCUCUUCCAACGACAAGCCGCAGCCGAAGAGCUCUGGCUUCGCUAGCUCCAACAAUCUCUACCCAACUAAGAGUAUCUGGAAUACCACGACAUCUUUUCCCAACACCCACGCUCGCGGGCCUUCUCUGGGCUCAAAAGACCCUGCCGACAACGCUUCCGGCCCCAACGCCUUCCAUGCAAAUUCUGAAUCCCAGAACGUCUGGGGCACGAGUCCUUGGAACAACGAAGUCCCAUCACGACCGAGCAGUACCUCACCCAACAGAACACGAGACAAUGGAAUCCCCAAGACUGCGGGCUUUGGUGCCGGCACCGAUGCGCAUGCCCCAGUCAACUUAAUCAAUGGCUUCAAUGGUGUGAACGGGGGCGGUCUGUACGGCGGCCCUCCUUUCACUAUGCAGAAGCGCUCUCCCCACGAACCGUCAUUCUUCGACUCCGUGGGCGCCUUUCCGCCGUCUAGAGAUGGUAGUGCACCUCCCACCCGCCAGGAGCAGGGCUCUCCCAACCUCCAAGAGUUCCUUAAUGGCGGGCGUAUUAGUGCCCAUGGUCAUGCGCACAGCAAUUCCAUCCCGUCCCAACGUCAAGGACCUGGCGGCAGCAUCUCGCUACCUCACCAGACGGUCAAUAACCGAGCCUUUAACAUGAACAAGCAGGUCGACGAGGAUAUGUCAAUCGGGUACAAUCGUCGUGUGCCUGUCGACCACUCUGCUUCCGGCACGCCGACAUUCGACCCUUCUUCGCAGCCUUUCCAGUCCAACCAUGGUUCGCAAGCUUUUGGUGAUGCCAAUGCGGCAAGGUUCAGUACAGGCUCAGAUCCCCAGCUAGAUCCUAUGAUCAAUCAGUUCUCGGCCCUGAAGCGCCCCUCUGUAGGAAGGGUAUCCCCCGCACCCUCCUAUCGACUCGAAGUCAGCAACAGCCCCCGAGGCUAUGCGCAGUCGCCGGAUCUCUGGAACACCCGACCAUCCUCUCGAGACCCAAGAACUACCGAUGCCGAUCGUCGCACGCCUUCUCAACAGGUCCCCCAAGCCUUCGCUGGCCCAUUCUUUCCGGGACAAUUCGCCUACCCACAGUUCCCUCCAGGCUAUCUCGACCCGUACGGCCAUAACCUCCGCCACCCCAUGGUUUCAGGUUACGGCGUCCCCCCUCUGUCUCCAGGUUACCCCAUCAGUGGCACUCUGCCCACCAUUCGACCUGUUGUGAACCACGACCCCGUCAGAGGAAUGCGAAGCGCAGUUCUCGAAGAGUUUCGCUCAAACAGCAAGACGAGUAAAAAGUACGAGCUCAAGGAUCUCUACAAUUAUGUGGUCGAGUUCAGCGGCGACCAACACGGCUCGCGGUUCAUUCAGCAGAAGUUGGAGACGGCCAACAGUGACGAGAAGGACCAGGUCUUCCGGGAGAUCGAGCCCAACGCUAUCCAGCUCAUGAAGGAUGUCUUCGGAAACUAUGUUGUUCAAAAGUUUUUUGAACAUGGCAAUCAAGUGCAGAAGAGGAUUCUUGCCGAGAAGAUGAGGGGCAAGAUGGUCGAUCUCUCGGUCCAGGUCUACGCAUGCCGUGUUGUGCAGAAGGCAUUGGAGCAUGUUCUGGUGGAGCAGCAAGCUGAAUUGACAAAGGAACUUGCGGCUGAUGUGUACAAGGUCAUUACUGAUCAGAAUGGAAAUCACGUCAUCCAGAAGGUCAUUGAACUAGUCCCACGACAAUACCUGGACUUCAUCAUGAACGCUCUCCGUGGCCAAGUAACAACCCUGUCUACGCAUCAAUAUGGCUGCCGCGUUGUUCAGAGGAUGAUGGAAUACGGCACUGAGGCCGACAAGGCCGCCAUCGUGAGAGAACUACACCCCUCGGCGCACAUCCUUCUCACAGACCAAUUCGGAAACUAUGUGGCGCAGCAUGUUAUCCGCAAGGGAAAGCCAGAGGAUCGUGAAAAGAUGAUCCGACUUGUCAUGGGUCAGCUCAUCGAGCUAUGCAAGCACAAGUUCGCUUCCAACGUUGUCGAGACAUGCAUUGAGGCAGGCUCCCCUGCUCUAGUCACCGAAAUCCGAGAGAGGUUUGUCACGCCAGGCGAGGACGGCACCAGCCCGCUCCCGCAAUUGAUGCGAGACAACUACGGGAAUUAUGUGAUUCAAAAGCUGUUUGCGACAUUGAAGGGCCCCGAGCUGGAUUCAUUUGCAGACGAGAUCAAACCCUUGUUCUAUCUCCAGAAGAAGAACGGCAACUCCCGCCAGCUGACAGCUCUGGAAAAGCUACUUGACGAGUAUGCUUUGAACACGGCCAAGGGCGACCGACCAGCCCAAUCCGACGAUGCAUCAUCUGCCGCGCCAACCCCUGCAUCGACCAACGAGGCCAACAGUGUCAAUAGCGACAGCCCCCUCACCAGUGUUGGCACAGCCGAUGCCUCGGCCCCGGUUACAGUGGACCAGGCUCAGGACGACAACGUUAACGCGUCGUCGGCCGCGCAAGAGACACAGGCCGAGUCCUAA